AUGCUCGAGCUGUCUUUUCAAAAUGCACAAGAAGUGGUGGACCAAAAUAACAGUGCCAGUUUACAAGAAAAAAAACAAAUUCAAAUCCUUCAGGAUGUUAUUGUUAAGCCAGCUUCUACAAGCAGUGAAACUACAACUUUUCAAGAACCUCGCUGCAAUUCAUCUAUUGCUUUUCAAGAACCUAGCUUCAGUUCAACUUUACACGAUAUCUCAAUGCGGGUAAGUCCUCGAGUUAGAAAGACUUAUUUAGACUUUACGCCUAAAAGAAAGAAAAUACAAAAAUCAGAAAACGAUGUUUAUGUUAGUCCUAGUACAGGCAAUACUCUUCAUGUACUGGAAAACGCUGAAUACGGACUUGUAACUCCUAUCCGCAAAUAUUAUAAUUUACGAAAAGAAACCCCAGUAACUCCGAACGUAUCAAAUCUUACAAGCAGGACUAGUUCAAUUAGUGACAUUUCAUGUGCAAAAUCCUUAUUAUGCCCACUAUCCAACGAGGAAAUCUGUGCAAUAUAUGACACCCAAACGCAGAAUAAUCAAAGUUCAUUGACAAAUUUGAAUAUUUCUACAAUUUAUGGUAAAGAUUUAAAUCCAGAUGCAUCUAAUAACAAUUGUACUCCCAACCCUUCCGAGAAAAUCUGUGAAAUAUAUGACACUCAAACGCAAAAUGAACAAAGUUCAUUAACAUAUUUGAAUAUUCCUGCAAAUUCUGCUAAAGAUUUUGAACCCGAUUCAUCUGAUGAUAGUUAUGCUCCCAACUCGUCUGACCUAGAAACUGAUUCUUCUUACUCCGACGAUAGUGAUGGUGAUGAUAGCGUAAUAACUUACUAUGAAAACAGUUCUGAAACCGAAUUAGUUCAAAUACUUGAAAAUACUCAAUGUACAGAAAGCAAUAAUUUUAACGAGUGGGAAGACAUUAACGAUACGAAACCUGAUUUCGAUGAAUUCACAGAUAAUUGUAGACCAAACAUUCCGGAUAAUACUAUAACGCCAGCAGAUUUUUACAGUCUAUUUGUAACGGAUGAAAUUAUUGAGCAAAUGGUAAUAAACACAAACAAUUACGCACAAGAUCUUAUUAGUAAUCUAAGUAAUCUUAAGCCUAAAUCACGCUUGCGAGCCUGGACUCCUACAACUCCAGAGGAGAUGAAAAAAUUUUUAGGAGUGCUACUGGCGAUGGGUCUUGUAAGAAUACCACGUUUAAAUGAUUACUGGUCGAAAAGAAACAUCUACAAUAAUAAAUACAUUAGUUCAGUUAUGACAAGAGAUCGAUUUCUGCUAAUUUUGAAAUUUUGGCAUUUUAGUCAAGAGUCACCUAACGACACAGACAAAUUGAAAAAGAUAAGGGAUACUUUUAAUAAGAUUUUAGAAAAAAUGCAAACCCUUUUGGAGCCAGGUAAGACGAACCGAAUCACUGGAAACAUAAUUAAAAAACCACAAUGCGUCAUAACAUACAAUGAGAAUAAAAAAGGCAUCGAUUUUAACGACCAAAUGUCCUCAUAUUAUUCUAGCUUGAAAAGAGGCAUGAAAUGGUUUAGAAAAGUAAUGAUGGAGAUAUUAUUUGGAACAGUCAUAAUAAACAGCUGGGUAUUAUACAAUCACGGAAAACCAGUUCAAAUGCCAAAGAAGAAUUUUAUGGAAGCAAUUAUUGAAGCUUUGACUCAGGUGCCGAUAUUAACAGAAACAGCUAAUGAAUGUGCUGCUAUGCCAAAGACGAAUCAUACCUUCGAAACCAAAGGAAUAAAAAGAAGAAACUGUGCGCGUUGUUACAAUAAGCUUCGUGCAACGUUAAAUAGCAAAGAUGCUCAAAGAAAAACCAAAAAAAUUAAAUCGUAUUGCGCUGAGUGCAACAAGGGAUAUUGCGCUAAAUGUUUUUACGAAAAUCAUCUAUAA